ACUAAAGUGAGUACUAAGUUUAUAGAACAAAAGACUUUUGAAAAAAUGUUGCAAGCGAUAGCUGAGGAAAUUAUAAUUAGAACUCUUUUUCCCCGAACAACCAUCUCCAUUGUUCUUCAAAUUAUCGACCACAAUGGGAGUCUCUUAAGUUGCUGUAUCAAUGCUAUGGCCUUGGCGCUGGUCGAUGCUGGCGUGCCUUUAAAAUGCUUGUUCACUGCUGCUACCUGCGCCCUAUUGGAAGGAAGCGACGAAGAAAAGUUGUUAUUGGAUCCCGAUUUACAAGAAGAGCAAAGCUCUUCGUGUCACGCAACGCUUUGCUUCUGCUCUAAUCCCAAGGGGGCUAUCUUGGCUACUAACAUUACCGGCGUUUUCGGGGAAAAUGAAUACUUUGAGAUCUGCUCAGCUUUGCGAAAAGCUUCACAAGCAAUUAUCGAGUUUAUGCGGUUGUCGCUCGAAAAAAAGAUGCACAAAGAAAUUAGAUAG